AUGCUUAAAAAGAUUAAUACCUUUAUUCUCUUUUCCUCUUGUCCUCAGGUUUACAGGAAAAUACGAAAGGAAUCAAUCAAUCAAUCAACAUAUAAAGAGGAUCAGCAUCAACACGCAUGCAACAACAUGAUCAUCCACGAAAAAACAUCACCAAAAUCACGAGCAGCCGCAGCUACAAUACACACACACAAACACACAGAUGCGCAAAAACGUACACCGAUACCACCUUUCUAUAUAUGUCAUAAAACAAGCAGCAACAAAAAAGCAACAGAAAAGACACAAACGCACACAAACACACAGAAAUUUAAAAAUGUUAAAAAACAAAUCCACAUAAAAAACAGCAACAAUAUAUAUGCAAAACAGCACAAUCAGCACCAACGUACAGAAGCAAUAUAA